AUGCCUGGAGCCGCUUCUGAACUGGAGCUCGCAGUAUCCGGUGGAAUCCUUCUCGAGAAGAGGCCCAGUAACGGGCUUGAUCCAUGCUUCGCGGCUUGUGCGCCCUAUGAGAGUAAACCUCUUUCUACAAGGUCUAGCGCUUCUCUCACCACAUCACUGUUUUCCCAUGACGAUUUGCUAGUACACUUCAUAUGCCCUGACGAACCCAUGAUGUGUGCCGCGUGUGGUUGUUGGACGAGGGACGCGGUAUCUCCUCAACUUGUAGAUACGCUGCGAACAAUGAUCAAUGACCUCGAGAAAAGCAUUUCCGGAACGAUCGAAAGCGCUACCGCUGUGGUGAAAAUCCAUCGAGAUAUGCUGUUACAGCUGCGAUCCCAGCUCGCCGUUCUCGAGAAGUCGCACUCGUUGGUCAUGAAACUGGAGGAUGACCACGCUCGGGAAAUGGCCGUCGUCGACAGGAGGAUAAAUACCAUGGUCCAGAAUCAAGGCUACCUCAAGAUACAUGAUCAAGAUGAAACAAUCUUGAUGUUACACGCCCCGAAGAAGGUACUCAUAUCUGAACAUCGAGUGGCCGGUGCAGCUUGGGCAGCGGCCCACGCAAAGGAGGAGUCGGACUCAAAAGUCUUGAUUGACCGUACACGGGCACUACUUGCGCAUACAAAAGAAGCUGUCGAGUUGGAGGGAACAAUCCGGGUGGCUGUAGAAAACGAAUUCCAGCAACGCCACCGCGAACACAUUGCGCAAAUUGCCGACAACCUUCUUCAAGAUGGGAUCCGCGUCUGGGUAUCGAAGUCAAACAUCUUCGCCACACUGAUGACCGAAUGCUUGCUGCGGGUCGCCGACCAUCAGCUGGUCAUCGAGCCCACGAAAACGUGCUUCGAUGAGGAUUGUUUGCGCAAGCUUUAUGACAAGUAUCGGCUGAACCACACCUGCUCAGACAUGCAAAAGACAAAGUUCACAAUUGACAUGCGAGACGUCGAGGAGCUGAAGUUCGUAAAACGUCGUGCAACCAUACCUGGCACCUGCGAUGAGACAAGCCCCCAUUGGGAACCGCCUAGGUAUCACCAAUGCGUAUACGUUCGUACUCGCGUGUCCAGGGAGUACUACUUGGCCGACAGAAAGAACGAGCCACAGGACAAGGCGUGGGAGAGCCUUCGAAUGGAUGUCCCAGAUGGCUCUCCGAAUCUGCUGUGCCAUAAACUGGUGCGAUAUUGGCACGACGCUAAACAGAGCCGAUCCUGA